ACGACCCUCCAUACACAGACAUGAUGCCUCGCAUCUUCUUCAUCUUGAGUUCUCUGCUCCUCCUCCCCUUAUUCUCCUCCUCCUCCGAACCCCGCCGACAGUCGUCAUCCUCACCACGCAGCAGGACCGCGCGUGCUCCCGCUUCCUCCGCCAAGGUGCGCCUGGCGGGAAACUUUGCCCAGGGACUGAACGAGGGUCGCGUGGAAGUGCUUCACAACAGCACGUGGGGGACGGUGUGUGAUGACGAAGUGGACAUCAAACUAGCCAAAGUGGUCUGCCGCGAGCUGGGCUUCCAGACCGGCAUCACGUGGGCGCACAGUGCCAAAUAUGGCGAGGGUGAUGGUACGUGUUCCAGAACAGUUGUUGCAUUUCUGCAAUGAUCAAAAUGUAUCUUUAUUUCUGUAAUAUAAUACAGAUAAUAUACUCUUUAAAAUUGAAAGGUACAUUAAAAGAAGACAGUCAGCUGUUGAUUUCUAUUCUUUUCCAUAUGGCUGUCAGAUGUUAAAGGUCAGAUGUUAAAGGGAUAGUUCACCAACAUUACAAAAUGACACAUUGGUUUUCUUACCCUGUAAGCAGUCUAUGGACAAGGUAUGACAGGAAUACAUGCUUUAGUUUCCCUGGCACUGUUUCCACAUGCUCACGUUUUAGCAUUUGUGGCACAAAUCCCAUUCAAGUCAUUGGACCGAUAUGAGCAUUUUUCACACAUCAUGUUCAAAUCAUCUGAAAGUAUCUCAAAUGUAUUGUGAAGCUUAACAAAGUCACUUAUAAAUGAUAUGAACAUGAUGUGCAAAAAAAACGAAUAUCAAUCCAUGGGAUGUGUGCCACAAAUUCUAAAACGUUAGCAUAUGGAAACAGUGCCAGGGAAACUAAACCAAAGCAUGGAUUGCUGCCAUACCUUGUCCAUAGACUACUUACAGGGUAAGAAAACCAAUAUGUUAUUUUGUAAUGUGGGUGAACUAUCUCUUUAAUGCAUAGGCCUAUCUUUCCAAUUCUGUGAAGAGGGUGCCUGCUUUCUAACUAAAAUAACAUUCUUUCAGUUUCUAAACCUUUCAGUUUCUAAAGCACUUUACUUUUACUGGUAGGCAUGAUUUAACAUUGGCGGUUGGCGGUUGGUUUAGUAAAUAUAUAUUUCACAACAGCAGUAGUGCUAGACAGCCUAUCCUGACUACUGCUCCGUCGGUUCACUCACCCUUCCCUUUAAUUGUAAUUUAAAGGGGGCAAUAAAGCAUGUCUAUAAACCAAAGCAAGUGUAGCACAUCGCUGCCAGGGCAAGGCUGUCAUUACUCUAAAACAAAUGCUCCUCUCAGGCCAUAUAUUGCCAUGCCAGCCUGCUAGCCUGCCAGGCAGCGACUGUAUUGAGGAGUGCAGUGAAAUCCCAUAAGUUAUCUUUGUAUCUUUAUGACGACGGCAGGCUCAGCUCAGUCACUGCAGGGUUAUUUUGGUGAUGUUAAUAGGUGAUGUAUACUUGGGUGUUAGAGGCCUACAGAAGCUGGUGAGACAGGCUCCCUUAGUCCCACAGUUGCAUCGUAUUACUGUAUAUGGCACAUAAAUGGCACAUAUAUGGCACAUUUUAUCAAAUUAAGCUAUCAAUUAUUAUAUCAGUGAAGGAAUUAAUAAAGGAAUGGAUGGAUGAUUCAAUCAGUCAAUCAAUCAUUCAUCCAUCCAUCCAUCCAUCCAUCCAUCCAUCCAUCCAUCCAUCCAUCAAUGACAAAUUCAUGUCCAUAUCCGAUAAUAACCCUGUUUCCCCUGUCCCCAGGUCCUAUCUGGAUGGACAACGUGCGUUGUGACGGCACAGAGAAGACUGUGAAAGACUGUAAACAUAACGGCUGGGGUGUCAAUGAUUGCAAGCACUCUGAGGACCUUGGUGUGGUCUGCAGUCCGGAGCGACGACUGGACCAGGUUACGGGGUCACGUAAUGGUCAGUCGGUGGCCCUGCGUCCGGAUGUCAGCGUCUCGCCUCAGUGGCUGAGCAUCCUGGCCAGCCGCAGUAACCCCCGACAGGCCCAUCAGGGGAACGGACACCCUCCAGAGAGGCCCAGCCUGAGACAGCACCUCUACAACCCGGUAGGUAGCAUAACACCUUAUACUCUCUAUCCCUGCUACCUCUAGUAGUAAAGUAGGUGCUGUAGCCUGAGACAACAUCUAUACAACCUGGUAAGCAGCUACGGUGGACACCACCAACUCUAUAACUCUGGUACUUGCUAAUGUCUGGUAUUUGUUGAUCAACCACCGAUACUGCCAAUGCCAAUCAAUUAACCAAUCAAUCUAUAUAUUUACUGUCCCAGUUGGGAAAUUCCUUGCUUAAGUCAUUUGAAUUUUGAAAGUGUCAUGGAUCAAACUUUUUUACAGCAAAGUUUGAAGAAAUCCCCUCCCCCCUUCUCUCUCAGUAUUCCAGCAAGGUGCAUAUUCAGGAGGUGCGUCUGCGGCCCAUCCUGAUGCACACUAAGAAGCGGGCCCUGAUCACUGAGGGCGUGGUGGAAGUGAAGCAUGCUGGGAGAUGGAGGCAGGUGUGUGACCUGGGCUGGAACCUCAACAGCAGCAAA